AGCAACCGCUCAAUCUCAACAAGUUUGCAGCUUAAAUGGGCGCUUGUCAUGACAGUGACCGAGCUGUGGAGCUAUCGCCGACAGACGACCAGCCAACCAGCCGGCAGGCCGGCCGGCCGGCGCCGUCGUCCACGUCCAGCGCAUGCGAUUGCGCCGUCGUCCUCAGCACGCUCUGCGCUGUUAGCUUUAUAAAACACUAUAUAUAAUGGUAUUUAACACAGCGUCCGUUUAGAAUUUUGCAAUACUUUAGCUCAGAACUUGUAACGCGUCGGAGCUGUCGAUCGUCGUGCUCAGAAAAAUUCGCUGCUGUGAGAUCUUUUUAGUGAGCUGUGCUGAAUAAAAGUGGCUUUUAAUUGACGCUUUGUCGCGAGUUUUGGAACUUGAUUCGGUUCUUAAUAUACCUGAAUUUUAUUUCAUUUUAUUUAUUGCUUUCAAAAUGCACUUGUUGUGUUUGUUGCUGCUGUUGCCAGCUGGGAAAGUGGCCGCUGGUCAAAGGCAGUUUGCUUAUGAGCGCGGCAAGUGCGAAAUUUCAAUAAGCACCGUUUUAGAGGGCUUGGUCCAAACGAGCCUGAAAAGGUUGACCAAUUCGCCAAGGCCCAGAUCCCAAGCCAGCCUUUUGCAAUAUGAUCUCUAUACGCCGUUUAAUCCACAAGAGCGCCAGCUGCUGCGUCCGGGCGAUGUGAAUAUGCUAAAGAAUUCGUAUUUCAACGGCAAGUGGCCAGUCAGAGUCUCCAUACACGGCUGGACGGGCAAGAGCAGCACUUGCUACAAUGCUGCCAUCAAGGAUGCUUAUUUGUCGCGUGGCAACUUCAAUGUCAUCAUCGUGGACUGGAGCCGCCAGGCAAUGGACAUUAACUACUAUCGUGUGUCCAAGCAACUGCAAUCGAUUGCAGCCAGUAUUGCCAAAUUUCUGCGCUUCCUGCACGACAACACGGGCGUGCCCUACGAGCACAUCUAUUUGGUGGGCCACAGUGCGGGCAGUCACGUAGCCGGCCUGACUGGCAAACAGCUGCAACCCGCACGCCUGGGCGCCAUAUUUGCGCUAGAUCCAGCGGGUCUCACACAGCUUAGGCUGGGACCUGAGGAGCGACUGGCACCCACUGACGCCAUUUAUGUGGAGUCCAUACACACAGAUCUAAAGCUGCUGGGCAAUCCGCAGGGCAAUCAACUCAGUCAGGCCGCCAUCUUUCCCAACUGGGGCCGCGGACAGCCGCAAUGUCCAAAUGCCACGGCCACCGAGUUUGACUUUGCCUGUGAUCAUUUUGCGGCCGUCUAUUACUUUGCCGAGUCUGUGCGCCAGCCCAAUAUCUUUGGUGCGCUUCGCUGCAGCUCACUUCAGAGCAUACUAACAGCCACAUGUGGCUGCAACAUCAACGGCAAAUACACCAGUGCAGUGGCUUGUGCCGCCGAUGCAUAUAUGGGCGGUGAACCGGCUGUGCCCAAAGCGGGUGUCUAUUACCUCAGCACAUUGGAGCAGCCGCCAUUCGGCAUUGCCGAUGGUCUAGUUCACAUACGACCUCCAAAGCCGUCAACUAUUCUGAACACAAGAACGUAUCGAAGGCUUUUAUAAGAUGCACGCAAAAAUAGAGGCGAAUAACCAAAAAGUAA